GCGGGAGACUUCUGUCGCUCGCCCUGCCGCGCAAUGUGUCGGGACGCGCGCAUCUGUGGACCGUACCGGAGCUGCGGCGUAUUAGGCCUUUGGCUAGAUCAACCCCGACUGUAUGCUCUCCGGGCUGACGGCAGACGUGUGUCACCGUCAUCCAGUGGGUUUCACCGUGACCGUCACCCGGGGGUUUCGCUUUUCGCGCCCAAGACGAGGCCGGCAGGUCUUUUCGUUCAGCAUUUCUUGUGACGGCGGCGAGCUCGGAGGUGGCUCCUCGCGAUUUGUUUCCUGUGACCUCCAAGGGAAGGGAAGGUUACUGAAAUUCGUCGAGGUCUAAUGUUACGAGCUGCCGCUAUAGCGUGCACGCACGCGUGCUGGGCUUCUUACGCUGGAAGAUUUGCGCUCGAUAGCCGCUGGACCGCUAGAAGAAUUAAGAGCUCGAUGUUCGUCGCAUCGAUCGAACACGCAAUUGUGCUUCAACUCUGCUCGAAGGAGCUUCUUAUUCAUUCCAUCAUCGAUUCAAUAACCUGCCUGUUUCAGAGCCACGACAGAGGCCCAGAGGCGCAAUGCAAUAAAACUAGUAUCAUUCGUUUCACCGACGACGUUACUGAAUCCAAGACGUUGAAUCGUCCUCAUUCACAAUCGAUCAUUUGCUCAUCGAUGUAUGCAAGCAGUGCUGAAUCUGUGAAUCAAACUUACGCUACAUGGCUGCUCGAAGAUCGACCAUGUAAAUGGUGAUUCUGCUUGUGGUAUUUCAGGCUGGAGUGCGGCAGUUUGUUCAGCUUGAGUGUGUGGGAGUCUUAUGUCUAGAGUCAGAUUCCGAGGAGUAUGAGCGCCAUUUUGAAGACGAGAAACAUCACGUUCGGUGACUGUGUACAAAACGAAAAACUUUUCUUUACGCGUAGCGGUUUCUAACACCAUCUUCCACUACAGUUUGAGUGUUAGUCUUGUCUACGAACUGCUGGAAGUAUAUAGAAUCAUGUAUUAAUCCGGUGCAUCAGCUGACAAUCGAUAGUGUAUGUUCCAAGCUGACCGGAAGGUGUAAAACACCAGGUCUUAAGGAUCCGCCAUCGAUGAGUCGGAGAUCAAUCGUGUUUAGUUGCUUUUUUCAAUCGAUGCGCUCUUAAUGUUGGUUUGAGUUAAUGUUCACGCUCAACCUUCUGGAGGUCGUCUAAAAAAAUUUGGAGUGCGAGAUUUUUCUAACCAUCGUAAUGAACUGGGUAUGAACCGCGCUGAAGAGCUUCUCUCCUGCGAAAUUUUGAAAGUUUGCAGCUGCAAGGCUAAGACUGUACCCGAUCGGGAACACAUCGGCAACCGUCGUGCAGCAAAAGUAUAAAACGAUUUUUUAUAAGGUGUGGAUAGAUGGUUUGGAAACAGAGGUUUAUACGCUGAUCUGGGCUCUCCAUUCUCUAAACUGCAAGGCUUAUUGUACAAUCGGCAGUUAGGGACAUGGCAGUGACAAGAGUCUGAAUGGGCAUGUUGGGCCGAUUUCAAGAGGCAAACCAGAUUGAAUAUCAAGACAACCAUCUGGACCCCGAUGAUGAUUGGAUUGAUCUUACAGUCAGAAUAUUGCUGUGCUUUUUUUUUUACGAUCUCAGGUUAGUGCACUUUGUUGGUUCCACUCCCACUCUCAAGGAUUUUUCGGGAACUAUAACCUAUAAACCGUG